AUGAAGUCUGGAAUCGGUUGUUCGAUUUUCACUAAUGCUCUAGUUUCACCAAAACUAGACUUUAAAUUAGGCUGUUUAACUCCUAUCAAACAUAUCGAUUAUAUCAAAAUUAUGGAGGAUGGAUUAGUCUUGCCAAUCCAUUGCUUGGUUGUCAAUGAAAGUAAUCAACAUAAUGUGCCCCGAGGAUCGGAGACUCAUUUUAGAGUUCUAAUUGUAUCAAAUAAAUUUGAUUCGACCAGUUUAAUUGAAAGGCAUCGACAUAUUAAUGAAAUACUUAACGAUGAAUUGAAAUCUGGUGUUCAUGCCUUGGCAAUUGAAGCUUUUACUCCAGUUGAGUGGGAAAAAUCAAAUCAACAAAUCAAUCAAUCUCCCAAAUGCCGCGGUGGAUCAAAUAGAUAG